GAUUUUUAAACAAAUUAAUUAAUCAACGUUUUUUAGUAUGAAGUUACUAAGAAUUAUUCUUCUAAGGUGUCUACUUAGUUUAGUAGAGCUAGAACUAGAAGCCUACCAACUAUACUGUAUCUGAUUAUUAAACUAUAGGAACAUAAGAAGACGUUCAAACAUGAUGUCUACAAAGAGAGAGAAAGAAACAGUAAAGAGAAAUGUCUUUCCAGAAAGCAAAAGAAGAAAAAUAAGCAUGCUAUGACAGGACCCCUAUGCUGCUCUGUUUUACUCACAAUAAGACUUAUUCACAGAGCCUCCUUUCUUCUGCACCCUUACUGCAUCUGUACCCAAUACACGACACACACCUUCUUAUUCAAUAUUUUUCUUUAUUUAUAUAUUGUAGAUUUAUAUUAAAGACAUGGAAACAAUUAAGAGACACAUAUGAAAUUGCGUAGUAAACAGUAAAAAAGUGUUUGUCCUCCACAUUAAUCCCCUGAUCUUAACCUGAUGAACUAAGAUGGUGAUUUGAGGUGAUUUGGGAUGAGCUGGAGCUUCACAGCGUGAAGCAAAAGCAGCAGCUAUUGUUCAGCACCUCUAGAAACUCCUUCAAGACGCUAAGAAAAGAAAUUCAGGUGACUCUACCUCAUGAACAUUACGAUUAAAAUAUCAAGAGUGUGCAGAUCUGUCCUAAGAAGAAUCUAAAGUAUAAAACCAAUUCUGGUUUGUUUAACACUUUUUGUUAAGGCCGAGGUAAUAGAAAAUAAGCGUGCAGCUCUUUAUUUACCUAAGAUAAACCCAUUGAAUCCACUGUAAAGGGCAGUAAAGAUUUUACUGCUUCAGUUUAACAUAAGUACUAAUUGUCCCAGUUGUUUAACUGUUUGGAACAGGUUGUUUUUUGAGUGUGUUUACAGUGAGAAUGAGGAUACACACCCCCUCCAAAAAGACCAAAAGCUCGCAAAAAUAGAGCAAUUUCGUCUGACUGGCUGUUAUCAGUGAUCUGAGUGUUUACUGGAAGGAAGGGUUUGUACACUCUUUGUGCACUGGUGGAUGACCAGAGGAGUCAGGGUUACGUGUCUGCCUGUACAGGCACACACUUUACCCACCACUGCUGACCUGACCUCAACACCAGGAUUCCAGAUCCAGACAGGAGGAUACACCUCUACAGACCGGGGGAUCAAUACCUGAUACAGAAUGGAGGUGAAGGUGUAUGUUGAAGGAAUCCAGCGCAUUGUUUGUGGAGUCACUGAAAACACAACAUGUCAAGAAGUAGUCAUUGCUUUAGCUCAAGCUCUGGGACGCACCGGACGCUACACUCUGAGGGAGAAGUUCAAAGAGUACGAGCGCAAUGUGACUCCUGAUGAGCGUCUCUUAGGGUCCCUGGAGAAGUACGGUCAACAAGCCAGGGAGGUCCAGCUCACCCUGCAGCACUUAGGCCCCUCUCUAGGGGACUGGACAAACAAGCCGAGGGCUCAACUGAGACGAGCCGAUGUAGGGGGGAGGGUACGGAGGGGCAGUGGUGUGACCGGCCUGCACAGGCAGAGCCUGCCACCACUGUCUCGUCUACGGAUGAACUCUGAGCCUCCCCCAGAGGAUCUGAAGAGACCCAAGAGGAAGUCGCUGACGCUAAUGGAGGAAGCGUGGGGCUGGCUGGAGAAUCUGGGCAGAAGCGGGAAGCAGCAAUUAGGACGAGAUAAGGGGAAAAGCAAGGAGGACGAUAAAGGAGAUAACCACAGGGAUAAAGUGUCGGUCAAAGUGGGCAAAAUUCCUCUGGCCUCUGGGGAACCACAGGGUAGAGACAAGAAAGAGAAAAACAGAGCAGAAAACACAGGGAUAAUCAGUUGUCUCGGAAAGCACAGAAGAGAGGAUAAGGACAAGGAGAUAUUUGGCCAAAAAGAGGACGAGAAACAGAAAAGUCUAAAAAAGGAUCAAAGCUUUGACACUGUGGAUCAACCAGAGUUGACGACAAUCCCUCAGGAGAGAUCCAUUGACAGGGGGCAGGACAAAGCAGCAGAACUGGAACUGAGAAGGUUGGUCAUCCAACAGCAGGCCAGUCUAAGGGAACUCAAGUUUAAAGUACAGUCAACUGAUGAGCAAAUCUGUCAGCUUGAAAAGCAGCUUGAAGAAAAGCAGUCAACGUCCGAGCUUUCCGAAGACGAGGAACAGGUCCAGUUCUGGCUCAACGAACUCAAGGCGGAAGAAGGCUACGAAAAAGACUUGCAGAGGCAGUUCCUGGAGCUGAAGGAGAAAGCUGUAGAGUGCAAAAACAAGUUAGAAGAUUACAAACGCAAGCUGCAAACCCAGGCAACGGACCUGACAACCCUGAGAACGUCCGACUGCCAGCAAACAAAGUCCCAUGAUGAAGCCUCUAAAGGAACAACAGCAAAACCAUUGGAGCCAGAUGAUGCAUCUUCAGCAAAAGAAGGUAAAGCAGCAGUUGAAGACCCAAAGAGAGACAGUAAAGACAAGACUGUGAUCACAAGUGUGGAACCAAAACUACCUUAUAUCUUAGUGUCUGCAAAUCAGAUUUCAGAGUCACACCUGAGUGGCCCUGCUGAGCUAAGAGAAUGGUGGACUCGAUGGACUGAGGCUCAGACACAAAGCUCAAGUUCUAGGUCGAAAACUGUGCACCGUUCAGAAAUAACAAUACACCUGGGGAGCACAAAGGUCUAAAGGGAAUAAUGGGUGAAAGUUUUGACUUUUGACUGAAGGAAUCACGGUCAAAAGUGUUUGUGUGAUUAUGUUUCACCAGAAUUGACGUCGUUCCGGUAAAAUGUUCGGAAAACUGAAAACCACUUUCAAGUAUUUUCAACAAAAGUUUGCUUAGGACAACUGGUUUGACAAUCUGGGGUGGUAAAUCCAGGCAAAUACAGGUGCAUCUCAAAAGGUGAUCUAUUUUAAGCAUUUAUUUAUUAAAUUGUUGAUUAUGUCUUACAGCCAAUGAAAACCCCAAAUCAGUGUCUCAGAAAAGCACAGUGGACCAGCACCAGCAGAUGACAUGACUCUCCAAACCAUCACUGAUCAUCAGUAAAUUUAGCAUUUCAUUUGUAAAUCAAGGAACCAGAGUCUGGAGGAAGAGUGGAGACACACACAGUCCAAACUGCUUGGGGUCUAGUGUGAAGUUUCCACAGUCAGUGAUGGUUUGGUUGGAGAGUCAUGUCAUCUGCUGGUGUUGAUCCACUGUGUUUUAUUAUCAAGUCUAAAGUCAGUGCAGUUUUGUUUCCCCCCAAAAUCUUAAAGCACUUCAUGCUUCCCUCUGCUGACAACUUUUACAAAGAUGCAGAUUUCAUUUUCCAGCAAUUGUACCAAUUGGUCUUACACUGUAUAAUAUUCUAAUUUUCUGAGACCGUGAUUUUUGGGUUUUAACUGGCUGUGAGCCAUAAUCAACAAUAAUAAAUAAAUCCUUAAAUAGAUCACUCUGUAUGUAAUACAUCUACAUAAUGAGUUUCACAUUUUUAACUGAAUUACUGAAAGUAACCAUUCCAUAAUAUUCUAUUUUUUAAAGAUGCAUCUGUAUGUCCCACUUUUAUGCCUCAGGUUAUCUCUGUAAGCAUUUUAACAAGUUAGCAAUGUUACCAGUUCCAGUUAAUAAAAUGCAUAAUGCAGCACUGAAACAUG